GACUGUGCCAAUUCGAAGGAGAUGUCGCUGACUGAUAUACUGAGUGCGAAUACGAACUUCUACCAACUGGCCAAGGUUCAAGAGAUAAAAUACCUAGUGUGUCGGGCCACCUCCGAGGACCAGUCACUACUCGACGUGGAGAUCCAGCUGCGUAAGGAGAAUCCCAAAGUGCUGGCUACUCUGUAUCCGAAGGAGCUGUGGAGUUUCAGUCUCGAUGGGUCAGACCCGCCAGUACCAAAUGCGCAGUACAAGCUGAAACAGUCGUCUAUACAGACGAUGGAUCCCAGAGACCUGCACAAGAACAAUGGCCCGUCUAACAUCUCGUCACUGGUGGGUGCCACUUUGGUGAAAGCGCUGAAGAAGAUGCUGAUGACGUCGCUCUCAAUAAGGAAGGAAUUGACCAUGUUUGGUACAUGUGGCCUGUUGCCAGAGUCGAAUGAUCUCAUUCGGAUUGAGCCCAAAUUGUUAGACACUGGUGAUAUUCUGCUCUCGUUGACGUCGCAGCCUCACAAUCUACAUCACCUUGGAACGUUAGACGACUCAAUUGACGUCAAUUCCACACAUGCACUCUACCUCAUACCGUCGGGAAUACGCUGCUACGUAUCAGGGAACACUCUGCAAGAGGCAUGGACUUCGAAGCCCCAAAAUGCUCAAAAGAUCAUAGAUAUCCUACAGGCUCAUCAUGGAAUAAGUAUAGACUCUACGUCUUCACGAUGGGUCAAAGUGAUCCCCAAUUUGCAACACCUGAACGGAAUUACUACGCAAGUUGCUGAUUACCUCAAACCGGUAUCCAAUACCAAGUACAUAUCAUGGCCAGCGGAGUUGUGCCUGGUGCAGCGUUGUGAACACAUUGAGAAAAGUGAUGAUCCUAAUGCACUUGAUGACUUUGACCCUAUGUCAUUGAUUGACGAUUUCGUUCAACUGAAGGCUUCUGCUGCGACCAAGACACCUUCAAAUGUACCAACAACCAACAAUACACCAGCAGAUAUCGGAAACGUUCAACCUUCAAAUGGUCCACCGACGUCUAAGCCAACUCCUACAAACACAUCUGCGCCUCUAACAACGGCAACAACAAUAACUGCAAACGCAUUGCCGGAAGAAAGUGUGAAUAUGGAUGAAUCGGUGCAUGAUGAUUGGGAUGAUCUAGAUGCUGAACUAUUUGGCGGUGAUGAGAUCACGGAUGCAGAUUUUGAUCUAUUUGAUGAACCAGACACUGCAACUAAAAGAGAUGGACAGGACGAUAAUGACGACGAUGUUGAUGCCGAACUCGAAGAGGCAUUAAAUGAUGCUUUGAUGGGUGAGGAUCUUAACCAUAUUUCAUUUGAGCAUGAUGAAACCGACAGAGAGAAAUCAGACGACUUGAAAUCAGAUGGGAAGAACAAUACAAGGGAAACUACAAAGAAUCCUUAUGACAUACCUAUUCAUGAAAUAACAAUUCCAAAUACUCCUCCGUACGAAGACCCGGGUGCACCACUACCGGUGCUAUCGCCAAGAGGACAGAGGAAACGAAGCAUUUUCUCUCCUUUGACGUUUAAUCCCAUUAUCAAAUCUAAUGUUGAUAACAAAUACGCAAAUGGUGGUAAGUUUCAUGUUUCAACCGUUGAUACACCAGUAGGAGACUUUGGAAUCCCGAAUGUUCCCUUAGCUGAGGGUUUUGGAAUAGGCCAAGAUGAAGGUGAUAGUGGAGAGUCUGAUAGUUCAGACUAUAUCGAGGAUUCAGGAACAGAAUGUGAGACAGAUGAUAUAAUUGUUCCACCAACAAGAAUCAAUUCUAGGGAGAGCUCAUUAGAUUCUGCGAAUCUGAACAUCUCUUCUCAAAAUGAAGUCACCGAAAGAGGGAUUUCGCUCGAACCUGAAUCAAAGAACAAAAGGUUUAUUACUCCAGGUGUACAAUUGGAUGGAACUAUUAGCGAAAAUUCGAGGCCAUCUUCACCAUCGACCAAUGGUACAGGUGAACCAAACCCAUUACCUUUCUUAGUACGGUGCCUCCCAGUAUCAACGAUGCCAGAACAUUUCUAUAAAGAGAAUCCGACAGUCAGUGAUAUGAACACACUCGACCAACUAAUUCAGCAGAUUGUAUGGGAUGAUGCUUGUCUUGAAGACACCUUCCCAAAAGAAUCUGAAUAUGAGAACGUUUCGUCCGACAAUUUAAAAAGGGCAAUUGCUCAAAUAUUCCCAGAAUUCCGUGGGAUAUCUCUGGCAGAGUUUUCUGAUGUUACUCCAAAGGAAGUAAAUUCCCCGUUUGCAAGCUUCAAAGCCAACGAUUACUUGCCUAAGAACUCACAAUCUGACUUUUCAACAUCACCAAAGAAGGAAAGCACUGAUGAUAAUAAACUGAUAUUCCCAAUUCCAGAGCCAAAAGUGAAAGUGAAAAGGCUGAAUGAAGAAAUCAUUGUCAACUCAACAGCUCUCAAUUUAUGGAACCUUAUGAGUUUCGAGUCCCUACAUGGGACAAAGGACUUUGGAAUCAUCAUGGUGGCUGAAAAUGAGCCCUUUGAACUUUGCGAGUUCUUUGUACAGGCUUUUAUUGAAAGCUACCAUAAGAGCAAUCUUGGGUCUGUUGAAAAGAUCGUUCUCGAUGGUUUUGUCGAGAAAGGUAUUGUAAAUGCCAAUUCAGACCUAAAGGUGGUUUUCACCAAGCUUCAUGAACAUUUAGUGCAGCAGAAAGAAUAUAGAGAGAUCUUAGUCUUCAUGACUGAUUCGGAAGAGAACUUAAAAUCAAUUGUUAAGAAAGUGACACUCUUUGAGAAGAUUAAAGAAUGGUGUACCGGAUCUUCCAAUGGGACGCUAUUGCCGAUAAAGGUUUCCCUGAAGGUUAUACCUACAUCAUUCGUUGUUAACAAUGGUGUCUUUUCCGUUCUCUCAAUAAGCAGAAAUACGAGACUGGCUCUUUCUGUUUAUAAUAGACUUAAUCAGACAAAUAGGACAUUUGCUGAUCUUUCUAAUGCUUUCCCAAAGAAAAUAAAAUUCCAAUUGACACAGGAACCAGUGGCUGGCCGGAUAUUAUCUGAGGAGUCUUUCAUACAUUUGGCAUAUGAAAGAUCAAUUGACAAGAACUGGUGUGUCGCUUCUUGGACUGAUGAUAAGUCAACUUUUCACGAAGUUAAAGCUUGGCCUCUGGAUGUCAAGGAGAAAUCAUCUCUCGAAAAUGUUAUGAACCAGCUGUGGGAUACUACUCUAGAGCUCAGCAAGAACGUGAAAGGAAAGAAAUAUUUGGUUCUGACUAGACUCAAUGGUGGUAUAGCAGAUGAUGAGCUUCUACAAUGGAAGAGACUAGCUUCGAAAGCCUUGUUUUUAACCUUGGUUAUCGUCUCUGUAAAUACCAACUCAAGACUGUUGUUAAAACUUGACCAAUCAUCGUUUCCAUUGAAUAAACUGUUUAGCCAGGAAAAUGGGUUUGAUUCAAACUCGUCUAUGACUAAAUUCGAAUCUUGUCCGACCGCUGGCUCGUCAACUGGAUUAACACCAUCCAUCUUCACACCUCAACAGAUGAAUUCACCGGACAUAUUCAGCAUAAGCAGGGCAGCUGCACAUGAGUCUCCUUCAGAGAAGUUUACAGAUGACAAUACUGUUCUUCAAGACAUAAGUGAUCUAGUAUAUGGUUUGGUAAUUGAUUCACCAAUGUCGUUAUCCCAUUCACCUGGACGUGCUGUUAAACUUGGAUUUCUAGUGAAACCAAUUGAGAAUAGCAACAACAAGCUCAAGUGUUUCGAAGUUGGAAUAUUGAGUUCACCAAGCAACCUUUCCAGUGGAGAACUGAUGUAUCAGCUAUUACACCAAUAUCGUAAUUUGGCAAAGAUGGGUGAAAUCUAUUCCACCGUUGGUAACCCUGUUGAAACCAUUGUCCCGUGGCAUAUAGCUGCAGUGAAUAAAGUGAUGAAAUGCCUACUACAUGUCCGCCAUGAGAUUGACAACAAGCAAGUUGGCUGACCUAUGGCAUCAUUACGGCAAUAUAGUGAAUGGUUAUGGUGGACUUUAAAUCCCAUGUAAUACCGAUUUUAAUAAAUCAGAGAUGUAUAUCAACUGUUCUUCUUUGAAUUCUCUUUUACAUCCUUCCAAUGCUGCUAACCUGUUUGAUUCUCCAGUUUGCGCCAAGUGUAGCAGCUUAUCUUUCUGCGU